AACAUAAUAUUUUAUGCUGUAGCAAAAAUUCGAUGUGAUACACAAGACCAUGCUAAAAAGCCUUAUAUAGAGUCAGUGUUUAGUUCGUCUGUUCAGGGCUUCAGGAGAAACAUGGUGGACUUUAUUGACACCCACUGACCCCCGGCUUCUUCUCACAGUACUUGAAAGGAACUUAGGAAUAGGUGUCAUCAUAUGUUGUGCUUUAGUAUGAUUCACAGUAUUACAAAACAGUUUGCCUGAUUAGUAAUUCAGCAUUAGCUGCUCAACACUCCGAUCUCACUGAAAUGAAUGACAGGGUUAAGGUGUUUCCCUUAAUACUGCUGUUGUUUAACCAUGGCAACAGUAGCCUUUUCCACCUCAUAACAACAAGUGAUUUGAUUGGUCGAGCUUGAAAGGAAUAGAAUAGAAUGUAACCCGAUGAUGUCACAUAGAAUGUGCCUUUGGUCUAGAUCCUAGAAUGUCCUUAGAUUCUACUACUUAAAGUACAGAGACUUACAGAGGACAUCGGUGCAGAUCAGACCUUCAUCGCGACAAGACGUGACGUUUGAUAAGACCAAGUGCAAGGAAAAUAUCUUCUUUACAUUUGUUUAACACCUCAGGAGAAAGAUCAUUACCUACUUCGACAUGGAGAGGAGCAACACAGCCAAUGAACUUCAAAUAUACCAAGGGACCACUCUGGGACACUUUCAUAAGGUAGAGUCCUUCCUUGGGGAGGGCGGCUUCGGGUUUGUUACAAAAUGCCGCAACCUCAAAACAAACAAGCAAGAGGCGAUCAAAAUAAACAAAAACUGUCCUGAGACUGUCCGGCAAGCCAAGCUUGAGAUUUGUAUCUUAAAGCGGCUGCGAUGCCUGAACCCGGACACCUGCAACAUUGUCAGGUGGAACGGGUUCUUCUUUGACCAAGACCGGAUCUGUCUCAAUUUUGAUCUGCUGGACCUAAGCCUGUACUCAUACUUGAAAGAAAGGAACUUCAAGGGCCUCACCACGACUGAGCUGAGGCCAGUUAUCGCGCAGCUGGCCACAGCCCUGUCCCACCUGAGGUCAAUUGGCCUGGUUCACGCGGACUUGAAACCCGACAAUGUUAUGAUCGUUGACCGCCAUCAGACACCGCUUCAGGUCAGGCUAAUUGACUUUGGCCUGGCACAUCCAGUAGCUGCAGUUAAACCUGGUACAUGCGUACAAACCCUCUGGUACAGGGCACCGGAGGUCACGCUUCACCUCCCCUUUAACGAUGCCAUAGAUAUGUGGUCUCUGGGCAUCACAGCUGCAGAGCUGUCCACAGGGUGCCCCCUGUACCCUGGUAACACAGACUAUGAUGUGUUGCGUUUCAUUUUUGAAACGCAAGGACAGCCAUCAGACAACGUACUGGACCGUGGAUUGGGGACUGGUUACUAUUUUGAUAGAGACCAGACAAAUGGCCAACAGCAUUGGACAUUUAAAUCCCCUGAGGACUUUGCUGAACAAACAGGGUUCUAUGCCGAGGAGACAAGGGCAUUCAGGCUCGACAACCUGGAUGCCCUUGUCCAUGUCAUGGCGGAGGAAAGAGAGAGGACUCAUCAGGGACUGCUGGUGGAUCUCAUAAAGAGGAUGUUGCACCUUGACCCAGAUGCACGUAUAAAACCUCUGGAGGUGCUGCAUCACCCAUUCUUCUGCAUCACAUCAAGUUCCUCAGCAGACCCUGUCACUACAAUGGACGAUGGACCAGCUGACCUGGAGGUCAGCACCGAGAACACAGAGGAGACCGAAAACAUCGAGAAUAUGUUGGAGGACCAGCUAGUUGACAACGGUGGAUAUGGACAGGCAGUGUGGAGUUUCUUUAGCAGAAUAAAGAACACUGUCCAAAACUACUUCAGCUGGAACAGACAGCCAGUUGUCAACCCCCCCCCCCCUCCUCAACCUCCCUAACUCCCUCUCCGUCUAAACCAAACCGGUCACGGCAGAUGACCGUCCACCAUGAGCCUGGUUCUGCCUGAGGUUUCUGCCUCCUAAAAGGAAGUUUUUCCUCACCAUUGUCGCCAAGUGCUUGCUCAUGGUGGUAAUUUUGGUUUAGACCUACUCCAUGUAAAUAGUUUAACUUGGGUUUUCUCCGGGUUGCUCCGGUUUACCUAUGAUUCUAUUAUUCUUAUUACCUAGAAUCUAAAAAAAAUGUAGUUUAGAAUGACAUAUAUCUGUCAUCUGUCAUGUAAAUAUUUUCUUUAUAAAGGGUUUCUCCGGGUUGCUCCGGUUCGCCUAUGAUUCUACAGUUUACUUGCAACUGUUUUACCUAGAAUCUAAAAAAAUGUAGUUUAGAAUGUCAUAGAAUGACAGGGUUUCUCCGGGUUGCUCCGGUUCCUCCUAUGAUCGAAAUAAAUGUUACUUAGAUGCAGUA